AUGAUUGAGAUAUAAGAAAUAACAAACUAAAUUUAGUUGCGUUUAGAAUUCAAUCGUGUAAUAUUUUCUAUAUUAACUCAGCCCUAUGAAUUGAUCAUGGAUUCUUUUGUUUUGGGAUAUCUAUAAGCAAAGGAUAACUAAUAAUAAUUAUUUAUUUAAAAUGUAGAGUUAAUCAAAAAUUUAAGAGAAUUUAUUCAAUCAACUGUAUAUACAAAAUAAUAGGUUUGUGGGAUUUAUAAUAAAGCUUUGAAUGGAAAUAAGAAUGUUUUUUAAAUUAAUUAUUAUGAUAGCUUCUGUAAUUGUGUACUAAUUUUGAAGACAACAUCGAUAUUUAAGCUUAUAUUCCUAUCAAUAAUAAUCAAAAUUAAUAUCAUUAAUAUCAACCAAUACAUAAUUAAUUUAAGUAAUACAGAUAGGAAGAGUAGAAUUAAUAAUUUAUGAAGAAUUAAUAGAAUAAUUUAUAAUAGAGAAAUUAUGAAGAUUAAAUGAAUUUAGAGUUAGCUAAAAAAUUAUAAAAUGAGUAAAUUGAAUAUAUGAUUAUAAGUUUUGACUCAGAGUAUUAAUAAGAAAUGUAUACAAGUGCUUUGUAAGAGGCAGAAAUGAGAAAGUUAAAAAAAUAAGAAUAAGAUGAAUUGAAUAAUUAAGUUUAAUGUAAUAUAUGUUUGGAAGUUAUCGAAUUAGCUGAGAUGGCAACUUUAUAAUGUUUUCAUAUAUAUCAUUAAAAAUGUUUAAAUUAAUAUUGUACUACAUAAAUUGAGGCAAGAUAAUUUCCAUUAAUUUGUCCAACUGUUGAAUGUAAAAAGAAUAUGAUUUAUUCUGAUUUAACUGAAGUUUUGGAUGAUUAAAAAUUGAUUGAAUUCCAUUAAUAUACUUUUAAGUAAUAUGUUGAAAGUCAUGGUGAUGAAGUAUUUAAUAUAAUUAAACAAUUAAGUAUUCAUGGUGUCCAACACCUGAUUGUAAAUAUGUGUUUAUUGCUGAUGGUACAUAAUUUAAUUGUCCUUCAUGUACUAAAUCAUAUUGUUUAUAAUGUAAAAUAGAAUAUCAUCAUGGAUAUUCAUGUUAAGGGUAUAAAGAAUUGAUUUAAAAUUAAUUGAGGGCUAAAAAUGAGAAAGUUUUGGAUGAUUAAUUCUUUUAAUUUGUUUAAGGUGCAAAAUACAAAUAAUGUCCUUAAUGUAAAUUUUGGGUAGAGAAGAAUUAAGGAUGUGAUCAUAUGACUUGUAGAUGUAAAUUUUAAUUCUGUUACAUUUGUGGAGGUGUUUAUGGUAAUUGUGCUUGUGUUAGAAGAAGAUGAUUAAAAUAAGUUAAACUCUUAUGUGAUAUUCUUGGAAUAUUUAUAUAAAAUUUGAAUUAAC